CACUCUUCCUUCCCAACUCUCUUCUUUCGCCGUCUCUCUUUUCUCGUCUUUGUGUUAAGAAGGCUGAAGCUCAGCUAUGGCCUUAACCAAAUCAAAGCUGCAUUUCCGGCACCUUCUCUCUCCUAUCUCUCCACAUAUUCUCAAACCGUGCUCUUUCUCUUCAGCUUCAGAACUACACCUCCAAGAGGACGACAUCCCAGAUGAUAAUUCCCAAACUGCCCCUAUCCCCAAGUUAUCUGCCGAAGAAACCCUAAUCGCCGACAAAUUCCACGCCCUAAUUAAAGACCACCACCGCAAUAACCCUAAUCCAAAUCCUAACCCCACUCCCCCGAACCCUAGCUUCACAAUCCCAGCUCUCUCGCACGACUUCUCUCAAAUCUCCGCCGCGCAUUCCAUAUCUCCGUCUAUCGUCCACCGCGUGAUUGAUAAGUGCGGCUCUGUCCGCCAUGGCAUCCCCCUGGUCCAAGCCGUUGCUUUCUUUAACUGGGCCACGGCCCGCGACGGGUUUGAUCACAAGUCGGAGCCCUACAACGAAAUGGUCCACCUCGCUGGUAAGGUCAGGCAGUUCGAUUUGGCUUGGCACGUGAUCGACUUGAUGAAAGCUCGGAAUGUGGAAAUUACGGUGGAGACUUUCUCGAUUCUUGUUAGGCGCUACGUGAGGGCCGGAUUGGCUGCGGAGGCGGUGCUCGCUUUUAAUCGUAUGGAAGAGUAUGGAUGUAAGCCUGAUAAGAUUGCUUUCUCAGUUGUGAUUGGUAUUCUUUGUAAGAAGAGGAGGGCCAGUGAAGCGCAGUCGUUUUUUGAUAGUUUGAAGCAUAAGUAUGAGCCUGAUGUUAUUUUGUACACUAGCUUGGUUAAUGGUUGGUGUCGAGCUGGUAAUAUAGCGGAGGCGGAGAGGAUAUUUCGGGACAUGAGGACGGCGGGGAUCAACCCCAAUGUGUAUACUUACAGCAUUGUGAUUGAUGCCUUGUGUAGGUGCGGCCAAAUUACGCGUGCGCAUGAUGUUUUUGCGGAGAUGAUCGAUGACGGAUGCCAACCGAACUCGGUUACUUUCAAUAAUCUAAUGCGGGUUCAUGCUAAGGCUGGCCGGACCGAAAAGGUGCUCCAAGUUUACAAUCAGAUGCAGAGGCUGGGGUGCAAUGCGGACGUCAUUACUUAUAAUUUUCUCAUUGAGUGUCAUUGCAAGGAUGAUAAUCUCGCGGAUGCACUUAAGGUGUUUGAUUCGAUGGUUAAGAAAGGCUUCAGCCCAAAUGCAUCGACUUUCAAUCCCAUAUUCCGAUGCACUGCAAAAUUGAAGGAUGUGAAUGGCGCUCACAGAUUGUAUGCUAGGGUGAAGGAGUUGAAAUGCGAAUUGAACACGGUGACCUACAAUAUAUUGAUGCAGAUGUUUGUGGUGUCGAAAUCGACUCAUAUGGUACUCAAGAUGAAGAUGGAAAUGGAGGAGAAUGAAGUUGAGCCGAAUGUAAACACGUACAAUAUUUUGAUCUCCAUGUAUUGUGCAAUGGGGCACUGGAACAAGGCCUACUCGUUUUUCAGGGAGAUGAUUGAGGAGAAAUGCUUAAAACCAAGUCUGCAGGUUUAUGAGACAGUCCUCAAGCAGUUGAGGGAGGCAGGGCAGUUGAAAAAGCAUGAGGAAUUGGUGGAAAAGAUGGUUGAUAGGGGCUUCGUUACUCGACCAUUGGCAUUGCAGUCCGUACAAGUAGCUUAGCAGCUUCUUUGCUUUCAUUAGAUCAGUUGAUGGAUUAGGUGAUCAUGCAAUGCAGUCUUCCCUUUUUUUUUUUUAAAUUUAUGGUGUAGAGUUUGGUGCUAUGCUAGUGCUUGGGAGUUGAGAUGACAAUUUGGACGCUUUCUUACAGAAAAUUGUAACAUAUCUGAGCUUCCUGUAAUCUUUUUGUUUAUUGUAUGAUAUUGUCAAAAUUUUCCAUGA